UUAUUUCAUCUCCUUCGCGUGCUAACUCCGAUCUUGUCACGGCAAAUCAUAGGAUCGUGUACAAAAUGGAGCACUCGGAAAAGAAGUCGAUAAGUGACUAUACUACAGAUGACGACGAAAGCGCGUGUCUCAAGAAAGAGGCUGCCGGCGAGGGCGCUGAGUCGUCGGGCGGUGCUGCAGAUGUAUUCUCAAUGCUGUGGAAACAGACGGGACUGUCGUCUAUUUCUGAUACGAUUCGCACAAAGAGAUCGUCAUAUCACGCUCAGCAACGCUCUGCCGCUGUCGACCGCCAGAUUCUGCAGGACCUGCUCGACAGCAAACUCAAGGCGACUGUAUUUCACUACGGCAAGCCUGACCUCUUAUUUCAGCAUUGGCUAAAGUCGAAGAAUGAUGCCGAAUGUCAAAAGUACCAAGCAAAGGAUUUAUAUACGGCGCUAUGCAAUCGGCUUCAUCGACACGUUCAAGCCAUCAUUGAGACGGCUGAAUACUGUGCCACACACUAUAACACAAUGUGUGGUUCGAAACCGUCCCCGGAAAGACACAAAGAUGAGAUUGCACAAUUGCAGCAAGUUUUGGAAAUUCUUCAAGAUCAUGACAGGGUCUCAGAGGUAGAAGAUACCGUGGAAAAGCUGUUUGAAAAAGAGACAGACUGGUGUCUUCAGGCGCAGCAAAUUCUCGGAUGGGACGUUACCAAGGAUGCCACAUAUCGACCAGUACGGCGUCUAAAAGACAUCAUCCAGCAAGACUAUGCUUUAUCACCGCACGACCGUGUAUUUAUUCAUUACGAGAAGAUGCAUACCGGCCCAUCCUGCACAGACUGUUCCUGCAGAUCUUUCACACUUGAUGCUCUAGAGUGGACAGCCGAAUUCUUCAACACGCGAUAUCUCUUUUCAUGUGGCUCAUCUCGUCAAAAAAGGCAACUCGGCCACUCAUGCGACCUCUUGAUAACGAUCCGUGAUAUCGCAGAGUAUGAUGGUUCCUGUGUUGAAGGUAGUAAUCCCUAUAUCACGGAAUGGAUUUUAACACUGGACGCUGAGUUGUCGUCCAAGUCGAUAGCAGAUGCUACAAAGUUGGUGGUGCUAGGCGGGUUGCGUAGAUUUAGACAAAGGCUUCCCGACUCGCCUCUGUCAAGGAUCUUCCCCGAAUAUAAGGAUGGAGCUGUGGACGAAGGUGUUGAAUUUGUACGCAACAAGUUAUUGGACGCGGCAAACGGAAGGAAAUUCGAAUUGUAUAUCGGAGAGCUAGGUGAUCCAGAGUUGCUUGAGCUGAUAGAGCGACGUAUUAAAGAGUCUGCAACGCGGCGCAGACAGCAAAUGCUGGAUACGAUAGGAUACUCGGAAACAUAAAUUGUACAUAUAUUAUUGAUAUACUAUUCAGAUGAAUUCUCUUUUUAAACCAAAAAAAUACAGCAAAAAAUGCCAA